AUGCCGCCACUCCUCUGGGGGAGCUACCAGCGUGUGGCGCUGGCUCUGGCCCGCCGCGCGGUGCUCGGCGCAGGGCCCCGCUUGUCCGCGGGCGGUUCGGGUUGCGCUCGGGACCCCCCUUUCGGAGCUGAGGAACUGCGGGGAGAGCUGGACAGAUUUGGAGGCGUCUCCGUGCGCCUGGGGAGGCUGGACGCUCUGGACCGCCUGGACCCGAUCGCCUUCCAGAGGGCCUUGCAGGCUGCAGUACAGAAAUGGAGAUCAGAAGGUAAAGUAGCAGUGUGGCUGCACAUUCCCAUUCUCCAAAGUCGAUUCAUUGCCCCUGCCGCUUCCCUGGGCUUCUGCUUUCACCACGCGGAGUCGGAUUCAUCUGUGCUGUCUCUGUGGCUGGGCGAUGGGCCCAGCAGGUUACCAGGGUACGCUACACAUCAAGUGGGAGUGGCAGGUCAGUCUCAGACUGAAGGAGCUGUAUUUGAUGAAAAUACUGGAAAAAUACUGGUCGUCCAAGAUCGAAAUAAAUUUCUUCACGAGGGUCUCCUGCUGGGGGGACGGAACCACGAAAGCGCCGCGGAGACGCUGCGCACCUCCUGGGGAAGUUCUGUCCCUUUCCUAACUUGGGAGGAAGCAUCAGGGAUCGUGCCCCAUUUGCGAAGGAGAAGCGCAGGAAAGAAGGGUUGGAGCUGACCUUCCGCCUGGAAGGCAAAGAUAAGAAUAUUAAGCUUAAAAGCAAAAAAAAAAAAAAAAAAACCCAAAGCCAGCCGUUUUUUGUUUUCUGUUUUUUCCAAAAUGUGUUCGCGCCGGACGACUGAUCCUGAGAGGGGUGUCUGCCGAGGUUCUUCAUCCUUUCCCAAGAGGCAAUCUAGGAAAGGUGCGAGACCAGGUGGACAAGGCCGGGCAAAGUGAGAGGAUAGGGGGUGGAGCUGAUGAGCUUUUCGAUUAAAAAUCCAUUUUUGUUUAAUUCGGAGAUCAAUUUUAAUGAUGGGGUUUAACUGAGCCAAAUGACCCAUUUAUACAUUAUAUCCGGAUUUAAAGAACUAAAUUACUGCCCUGACAAGAGAUACUAACCCAAGCAGAAGGGACAGGGACAUUGAAACGCACCAUUAGAAAAAAACAGUUAGGGGCAGGGCACAUAACUUGUAAUAGUACUUAUAGAAGCAAUGACGUAGACGACCAACUCCUGGCCCCGCUACACACACACUUGAGUCACCUUGAGUUUACUGCGCGUUGAUCUCUACAUUGUCAAUGAAUGGAUUCACGUGGUGGCACAGAUCUGUUAGGCCAGCAUCAAACGUAAAUAGAAUUGUGUGCAUCACUAAUUCAGCUAGGCUGUUUGUGGAAUGAAUCUGAAAUAGCCCUGGUAAAUUGAGGUUUUUCAGGUGAGAGCAGCUUGAUUCAGAUGGUUUUGGUUUUCUGAAAAGUUGAAGUUUAUCAUAAUACAGUCUGAAAUGCUUCAGGAAACAUUUCUUACUGCAAGUUCCCAGGGGAAA